AUGUUUCCAGGAAUGUUCAUGCGAAAGCCAGACAAAGCCGUUGCUUUGAAAGAGCUACGGACUCAUGUUGCUCUCUUUGGAACCUGGGUUGUUGUUGUUCGUGCUGUUCCUUAUGUCCUUUCGUAUUUCUCCGAUUCCAAAGAUGAGCUGAAGAUCGACUUCUAA